GAGCAAACAUCUGGAUGAACGAAAAGCACACUUGAAGGAAAAGUCCAUUUGUUUUAAAUGUUGUGGUUCCACCAAGCAUGUUGCAAAAGACUGUAUAGCAUUGAUCAGGUGCCGGGAAUGCAAUAGUGAUCGACAUGUGGCGGCCAUGCAUCCUGGACCUGCACCAUGGUCUGUUACUACAUGGUCCAUUGAGACACCUGAGUCAAAGACAGAACAAAUCAAAGAAAAAAACAGAUGAGGACACAGCUGAGGUCACCAACAAGUGCACAGAGAUUUGCGGAGAUGUUGAUAAGCCUAAAUCAUGUUCAAAGAUCUGUCUCGUGAAAGUUUAUCCAUCUAAUCAGUGUGAAAAGGCCAAACGCAUUUAUGCUGUACUAGAUGAGCAGAGUAAUAGAUCUUUGGUGAAGUCACAGUUCUUUGAUCUGUUCAACAUCGAUAGUAGUUCUUCUCCGUACACAUUGAAGACGUGUUCAGGCAUAGUGUCUACGGCGGGGAGGAAAAUAACUGGAUUUUCUGUUGAAUCACUUGAUGGAAAAACAGUAGUUGCACUUCCACCCUUGAUAGAAUGCGACAGCUUACCAGACGAUAGAUCUGAAAUUCCUACGCCUGAGGUAGCUGUACAUUUUCCCCACCUCACUGUGGUGUCAGAUAAAAUCCCACCUUUAGAUCCUAACGCUCCUAUCCUUCUCCUCUUAGGACGUGAUGUUCUUAGUGUGCACAAAGUGCGUGAACAACGAAAUGGACCCCAUAACACACCAUAUGCACAGCGCUUAGACCUAGGCUGGGUAAUAGUGGGAGAAGUUUGUCUUGAUGGCAUUCAUCGUCAAUCAAGUGUGAACGCUUAUAAGACCAACGUACUUCUCAAUGGACGAACUUCAUAUUUCCCUUCAUGCACAAAGGGCAUCAACGUCGUAGAAAAAGCUCAGUCACCUCUCUUGGCAUACAUUCCCAACCCACCAUGUUCUCUCAAAUCUAACGAGAGCUAUUCAAUUAAUUUAAAGGAGGAUGUGUUCUUCAGAUCUCCAGAUGACGAUAAAGCCACUCUAUCUGUGGAGGAUAAAGUCUUUCUAGAAAUGAUGGAUAAAGAGGUGUACCUUGAUGAGGAUAGACACUGGGUGGCGCCACUUCCAUUCCGCUCCCCAAGGAUUCAGCUCCCAAAUAAUAGAGAGCAAGCUAUGCAGAGGCUAAGCUCUUUACAGCGCACUCUCUCAAAGAAACCAAAAAUGAAAACGCAUUUCUUUGACUUCAUGCAGAAGGUGAUCGAGCAUAAACAAGCAGAACUGGCUCCACCCUUACAUUCGGAGGAGGAAUGUUGGUAUUUGCCGAUUUUCGGUGUUUACCACCCCCACAAACCUGACAAAAUAAGAGUGGUUUUCGAUUCAAGUGCCCAGUUCAGGGGAGUUUCCCUAAAUGAUGUUUUGCUGAGCGGUCCUGACCUCAACAACACUCUCUUGGGUGUACUGUUGCGCUUUCGCAGGGAGAAAAUAGCUGUGAUGGCAGACAUAGAACAAAUGUUCUAUUGCUUCAAAGUAAAAGAGCCGCAUCGCAACUAUCUUCGCUUCCUUUGGCACAAAGACAACUGCCCAGAAAAGGAGAUAAUUGAUUACAGAAUGACUGUACACGUCUUUGGCAAUAGUCCGUCACCUGCAGUCGCAAUAUAUGCCCUGAGACAAGCAGCAGAACACGGCAAAGUGGAGUGCGGAACAGAUGCGAAGAACUUUGUCUUGCGCAACUUCUAUGUGGACGAUGGUAUCACGUCUGUUCCAACUGAAAGGGAAGCAAUUGAUCUCUUAAAACGCACACAGACAAUGCUAUCUAAGUCAAGCUUGAACCUGCAUAAAGUGGCCUCCAACAGUGCUUCGGUGAUGGAAGCAUUUCCUUCUAGUGAAAGAGCCAAAGAUCUCAAAGACCUAGAUUUCAGUAAAGAUACAAUACCUCUUCAACGCAGCCUUGGUAUCAGUUGGAACCUCAAGACAGAUUGCUUUAUGUUUAAAGCUUCUCAAGAAUGCAAACCCUUCACCAGAAGAGGGAUCCUUUCCACUGUCAAUAGUUUAUAUGAUCCCCUCGGGUUCGUCUGUCCAAUCACUAUGCAAGGCAAAGCUCUAGUGAGGGAACUUUCAACAAUCCAACAGGAUUGGGACACCAUUCUUCCAUUGGAAAAGGAAAGUUCAUGGAAGGCCUGGAUUUCAUCGUUAGCAGAGCUUGAUCAAUUGCAAAUACCUCGAGCUUAUGUUCCAACCUCAGUGUGCAGAGCUCCACUUUGUGAGCUGUGUAUUUUCUCGGAUGCUUCUACUUUAGCUAUUGCUGCGGUAGCAUAUCUUCGAGUGAUUGACUCAAAUGGACAGCCUCAUGUGGGGUUUGUGAUGGGAAGAUCCAAGUUAGCCCCCUUUCCAGCACAUACUGUUCCGCGCCUCGAGUUAUGCGCUGCAGUGCUAGCUGUGGAGUUGAUGGAAUUCAUAAAAGGAGAAAUUGACCUGGAGCUUCAUGACAUCCACUUUUAUACAGAUAGCCGCAUAGUGCUCGGAUGCAUUCACAAUGUCACACGCAGAUUCUAUAUGUAUGUGGCUAACAGAGUUGCACGCAUAAGGAAAGCCACAGAACCUAAUCAGUGGCACUACAUCUGUUCCGAACAGAAUCCAGCGGACCAUGCCACUAGGUUCGUGCCAGCAGCCAACUUACCUCUAACCAACUGGUAUUCAGGUCCAGAGUUCCUUAGGAAAUGUGGUCCUGUGAGAUGUAAUGUGGAUGAAUCCUAUGGACUUGUUCAAGUAGAAGAGGAUGUUGAAAUUCGCCCUCAAGUGAAAGUUCUGGCAACGAGCAUUACUGAACAGUCUCUAGACUCAAGCAGAUUCCAACGUUUCUCGAGAUGGAAGUCUCUGGUGAGAGCUGUCACAACUCUUACUCACAUCACAAAAUCCUUCUCACAAUCUUCACCUAACAGUCCUUGUCGAAAGUGGCAUUUGUGUACAAAGACCUCAGAUGUUGAGACCUCACAAGCUAAGUCGACCAUAAUUAAAACUGUACAGCGAGAAGUGUUCCGAGAAGAAUUUGAGAGUCUGACCAAGAAUGGUAAAAUCUCACAAUGUAGCACACUCCUUAGACUCGACCCCUUUGUGGACAAAGAAGGUCUGUUAAGAGUCGGGGGUCGCAUUCAGUGCGCUGACAUCUCAGAUCCAGAGAAACAUCCCUUGAUACUUCCAUCUAGCCAUCAUGUGACUGAUCUUUUAAUUCAGCAUUAUCAUGAUCAAGUGGCUCACCAAGGACGGCAUUUUACGGAGGGCGCUAUACGUAGUGCUGGAUUGUGGAUUGUCAGCGGCAAAAGACGCAUUUCAAAUAUCAUCCACAAAUGUGUCCUAUGCAAAAAGCUAAGAGGUAAAAUGGAAAGUCAGAAGAUGUCGGCUCUGCCCCCAGACCGGCUUUCUGUAGAUCCACCUUUCACAUACACAGGUCUUGAUGUUUUUGGACCUUUCACUGUGGUGACACGCAAAACAAGAGGGCACAACAUUGAGAACAAGCGAUGGGCUGUCAUAUUCAGUUGCUUGAGUAGUAGAGCAGUUCACUUGGAAGUUAUGGAAUCUUUAUCAGCGUCAAGCUUUAUUUGUGCUUUGAGACGUUUUUUGGCUGUGAGAGGGCCAGUAAAGCACUUUCGAUCAGACAGAGGGACGAAUUUUGUUGGAGCAGUGAAAGAACUCCAAAUCGACAGUGGUGACUCUGAGCUAAAAGGGUUCUUGCAGAAUCAAAGCUGCACUUGGACAUUCAAUGCUCCACACUCCUCUCAUAUGGGGGGUGUGUGGGAAAGAAUGAUCGGGAUAGCCAGACGUAUUCUGGAAGCGCUCUUAGUAAAAUCUGCUACAAGACUCACACAUGAAGUCUUAACAACCUUAAUGGCAGAAGUCAUGGCCAUUAUGAAUUCCCGACCUUUAACCCCAAUUUCUACAGAUGCAAGUAUGCCUCAAGUGCUCUCACCAGCAAUGCUCUUAACUCAGAAAGCAAGUGUUGCACCAACUCCACCAGGAAACUUUGAGUUAGGACACUUGCACAAAAGUCAGUGGCGUCAAGUCCAGAUGUUAGCAGAUUCAUUCUGGAAGCGAUGGAAGCAGGAGUACUUGUCCACCUUGCAAUCCAGAAGAAAAUGGACUGAGGAGAGAGAUAACAUUCAGGAAGGAGACGUUGUUCUGUUAAAGGAUGGGGAAGCUAAGCGCAGUGAGUGGCCAAUUGGCCUCGUAACAAAAACCGUAGCCUCAUCUGAUGGGAAAGUCCGAAAGGUUAUGGUAAAGACUGCUAAGCAAGGGGCUGUCAGGGAGUACUUAAGGCCUAUAUGUGACGUAGCUUUACUUUUAUCUAGUGAUUAAAAGCAUAGUGGUAUAUCCAAUACACCAGGCGGGGAGUGUACUGUAUGGUGUUGAUUCGUUUGGUAAGCUGUGCAUUGAUUUAUUUAAGUGGUGUAAUUGUGACAUCUAGUGGCGGAAAAUGUCAUUGCGCCAUUCUUUAGAACAACCGGAUGUUUAAAAAGUCAUAGAAGAAGAGACUGUGAUCGCCAUGCAGAGACGCGUUGUUGUUUGCUUUCAGCCCUUGUGAUAGAAACGACUUUUUACAAGCAAAUCAAGUAAAAGUGCUACACAUUCGCAAGAAGAAAGUGUGAUGGUGCUUUAUUUCUGUUAACUAUCUGUCAGCUUUGGUUUUGAACACCAUUGCCAGGGCAGAAUAAUAGCUGAAGUAAAAAUUAUUUGCCUUCCUGUGAAUUUUUGUUGUUGUUUUUUUGCAAAUAUUUCCUAAAUGAUGAACAGAGCAAAUGUUCACA